GUGAGUUGUUAUUUGUUAGUCUAUUGCAAAUUCUAAAAGCUGCAACCUAACCGGCAAAAUUGUUUGCAAAUAAAUUAACUUAAUUCACUUGAACAGUUUAUUUCGAUACAUAAAACCAAAGUUAUUUCUAUUUCAAUUAAAAUGGCAACUUAUGAAGACGUCAAAGACAUUCCAAAUCACCCAGAAGCAUAUCUUAUCGAUGUGAGAAAUGCUGAUGAGCUAGAAAGUACAGGCGUGAUUCCAGCCAGUAUCAACAUUCCUCUUCCUGAACUUAAAGCAGCCUUAAACAAAUCAAACGAUGAGUUCAAAGCCGCAUACAAACGACCAAAGCCGAAAGAAGAUUCUUAUAUAAUUUUCACCUGUCUUGCUGGUGGACGUGCUCAACGUGCUGCCGAACAAGCUAUUUUGCAUGGAUUUGUUAAUGCAAAAGCUUACAAAGGUUCUUGGACCGAAUGGGCCCAAAAAGAAGGCUUGUAAAAUUAAAAACAAAAUACAAAUAAAAAUUUAAACAUUUUUCUUGUAAACAAAUUUUAAGUUUGUAUAAAAUUCGAUUAACCAAUUAUAUAAACAAUUAAAACAAUAAUUUAUAAAAUUAAAUAAA